UAUUGGUCAAGGUCUGUCAAGGACACUGCACAGGCGUUUCGGCAACACAAAACAAAAUUCCUUCUUAUCCGGUAAGCGGAACGGAAAGGUCGAUCUUUCCCUGCUGGCUUUUUAUUCGUCAUUCCAUGUCAAAAUUCUCCUGUUAAAUUUGGUUGUUGAUAAAAAUUUCAAAUCUGAAAUCCAGCAUGUCACAUUCACAUUCAGAGAUGUUGAUGAAAGCACUGUGGCGAGCAGCAGAUGCAGUUUGCUUUGAUGUCGAUUCCACAGUUUGCAUGGAUGAAGCUAUUGAUGAAUUGGCAAAAUUUGCAGGAAAAGACAAGGAAGUUACUGAUUUGACAUUAAAAGCCAUGCGAGGAGGGAUGACCUUUCGUGAAGCAUUAGCAAAACGCCUGGAGUUAAUUCAGCCAACUGUUUCUAUGUUGAACAGCUAUUUAUUAAAACAUCCACCUCAUCUGACUCCUGGUGUUGAAGAGCUGAUAACAGAACUUCAUGAUAGAGGCAUACCUGUAUAUUUAGUGUCUGGAGGUUUUCGAGCAAUUAUUGAGCCAGUUGCAAAGAAAUUAGAUAUACCUCUUAAGAAUGUUUUUGCCAAUAGCUUGAAAUUCUAUUUUAAUGGAGAAUAUGCAGGAUUUGAUGAAGCUGAACCAACUUCUCAUCAAGAAGGCAAAGCUGAAGUUUGUGGAUAUCUGAAACACAGAUAUGGAUAUAGAAGGCUUAUAAUGAUUGGGGAUGGUGCCACUGAUUUAGCUGCAUGUCCGCCUGCUGAUGCUUUUAUUGGUUUUGGAGGAAAUCAAAUUCGUGAAAAAGUGAGACAAGGAUCUAAGUGGUUUGUGAUGAAUUUUCAUGAACUUACAGCUGAACUUCGUAGGAACUGAAUGCCUUAAAAGCUACAAAAAAGUGUAUGCUGCAUUGAAAUAAAAAAUGUAAAUAAUGUAAAAAGUAAAAGAGCUAAAAUUGUUUAUACUAAAAAUAAUUCAUGUUAUUUAAAAAUUAUUUUUGUAUAUUUUUAUG